GGAGGAGGGUCAACAAAGCACUGGAGCCGGUGUUCGAACAAGAGCUGUCAGGGAGAGCGGGGGAAGUACGGCGAGAGCAGAAGCAAGAGUGUUUGCUGAGAACGUAGCCCAACGAUCGUCCGACACACCAGUUGAAUCUGCAAGGUUUUACAGUCCUAUUAGCAGUGUCUUACAGACUUUAUAUACAGCCCCAAUGCCGGGUCCUACCCAAACGCUGUCCCCAAAUGGAGAAAACAACAACGACAUCAUUCAGGAUAACGGGACCAUCAUUCCAUUUAGGAAGCACACCGUUCGAGGGGAACGUUCUUACAGUUGGGGAAUGGCGGUCAACGUGUAUUCUACCUCGAUAACGCAGGAGACUAUGAGCAGACAUGACAUCAUUGCCUGGGUUAAUGACAUUUUGUGCUUAAACUACACAAAGGUCGAGCAGCUCUGUUCAGGUGCUGCGUACUGCCAGUUUAUGGAUAUGCUGUUCCCAGCCUGCAUAAGCCUGAAGAAGGUCAAGUUUCAAGCCAAGCUCGAACAUGAGUACAUUCAUAAUUUUAAACUGCUGCAAGCCUCGUUUAAGCGAAUGAAUGUGGACAAGGUUAUACCAGUAGAGAAACUGGUUAAAGGGCGCUUCCAAGACAACCUGGAUUUUAUUCAGUGGUUUAAGAAGUUCUUUGAUGCCAACUAUGAUGGCAAAGAGUAUGACCCCAUGGAAGCUCGACAAGGACAAGAUGCCCUUCCACCACCCGACCCAGGGGAACAGAUCUUCAACCUGCCAAAAAAGUCCCAUCAUGCAAACUCCCCCACAGCAGGUGCUGCCAAGUCAAGUCCAAUUGCAAAACCAGGGUCCACAUCAUCUCGCCCAUCAUCUGCAAAAAAAGCAGCACCCACUCCUGCAGUUAAAAGCGACAGGGAUUUGGAAACACAGGUUACACAGCUCAAUGAACAGGUACAUUCAUUAAAACUUGCCCUUGAAGGAGUUGAGAAAGAAAGGGAUUUCUACUUUGGAAAGCUACGGGAAAUUGAACUUCUCUGUCAGGCACAUGGCCAGGAGGGCGAUGACCUUGUCCAGAGGUUAAUGGAAGUGCUAUAUGCAGCAGAAGAACAGGAAGGCCACACAGACCAGCAUGAAAGCGAGGAGCAUGACCACGUUCUGGAGGAGCCACAACAGCAGGAGGAGUACUGACCCCUCAUCCCACCCACCUCAAUGUUACCAUUUCACGUGGAACUUUUUUUCCAGGAGAGCAAUGUGUGGCCAGUCACUCGUGGCCCACUCUUACCAUAUAAUGUACUAUAGUGAGCGCCAACAAACCACUGCAUUCUUUACCAAUUACUAGCCCCACGGAGUGUUUACAGAAGUUGUAUCUUGGCCCAAACCAAACUGAAAGAGGCGGGGGCUUUCUUGGCAGCAGUUUGUAUCAUUUGACUGUUUCACAUUGUUUUCAAAUGUUUUUUCCCAACUAUUUUUUAUUUAUUUGUAAUUGAGGUAUCUAUUUGUUUUCCAACUGCUUGCUUCUAAUUGUAAUAUCGUACAAUAUUUAUAUUUCCUGGUCAUGAGAAGAAAUAGUCACUACCAAGUGUCACGAAUGUACGUUGUAAAACUACACCACUCACAUUUACCUACCGUAUCAGCUUUGACAAACAGAGAGAAAGUUCUUGAUGUAGAUACGGCUGUUUCUUAUUUUAGGCAGUAUGUUUUAUAAUUGUGCCCUGCUCUCCCCCCCCCCCCCCUACACCCCACCAAUAACCUAUACAAAAAAAGGCACUCAUUAAAUAAUGAAUGAGUCACGAUAUAAUGUGCAUACAUGUCAUUUCAGCUCUGUGUGUCACUCACUAAGCUAUAGUACAGGAUCAUAGGGAUCUCAAAACACUUUUCACAACCAAGAACAUACUAUCCUUGGACUCUUUAGUGGAAUUGUAUUUGUUUUCUUGAAAUUUUACAGCAUCUGAAUGGUCCAAUCCCUUAUGGAAAGAUAGAGGGGAACUCUGAGUGAGCCAAAUUCUCCAUUCUUCUGUAUCUUUAAAAAAAACAUUACAACACUCUUCCAAGCUACAGACAGCUUCUAUUUUUCCUUAUUAUUUUAAGAAAGUGCACAUUACUUUGACAUUUUACCAUUGUAUUUUUGUUUUAGAUAGCAUUGAUGGAUUGGUCAGUAGUAAGCUUACCACAAUACAGACUCUACUUAUGUGUUUUAAGAAAAAUGAUUGAAUGAUCUUAUUAAGUAAAUCCACAUUCCCAGCUUUGGCAAAAGUCUCAUUCUCUAUGUUUCUUUUGGUAAAAUGUAACAUUUACACUGAAAAAAAAAGACUAUUUUAAUUCUUUGUUUAUUUUAAGUACAACGACUGCUACACUAACCAUUGUUAGGACCCCGGCCAAUUAGAUGAGAACAGUGAGAGUUUCAGUCUAAUUAUAGAUAGCUAUCCAAGGUCCACUGUGAGCACUAGAGAUCAUUUUGUUACAUUUGUUAAAGAAUUGUUUUCAGCGCAAUAUUCUAAGACUGAAGUUGCAGUGCCUCCUGGCCAAUUUUAUUAAUCCUACAUAAACUCUGCAACAACAUACACAAUUCUGACUGCUUGAGUGUGCUGUGAGUUGAAAUACUAAAUAUUGCCCGCUUUUUUGUUCCCCUUUCCCCUUAUUAUUCACUAGGGGUAUAAUUUGCUGUUAAUGCCAGUGUCUGCUAAGAUGGCAGAAAACCAUCUGAUAACUAUUUUAUUAACAUGUGACAGCAAUGUAUGCACCUUUCUUUAGGAAGUGGUACAGCACCUAACUGAGAAGUAUCCCUAUUUUUGACUGCAAGUACAGAGCCCCAUAAGGUAUACAGAAUAUAACAAAUAUUUAUAGCUAAGAUCAUGACAUGUAAUAAUUCAUGCAAUAAAAUGUACUCGGUAAUCACUUUCAUGUCAAGAUAUUGUGUAGUAGAUUCCCUGGUGUUGGGUUUACAUUCCACACACAGAGGACAAAUGUUAGCAUAAUGAACAAUCAGAAAAAGUUGAAAAUAUUUUUGCUGUAUUUCCUUAUAAGAUCUCAGCUUAAAAUAAGGUUUUUGGAUAUUCAGUACGAAAAAGUAAAAUUGCAUGUGUGUGUGUGUAAGAAGGGGUACACCGUAACAUGCAUCACUAGCAAGUGGAAUCUGAAAAUGCAUUAUGAAUUAUAUUGAGAUGAUUACGAUUACCUACAUGCUUUUAUCCUACUAUAGAGAUCUCCUGUUAGUAAUUAAAAACACACGAGAGCAGGACUUUAUUCUGCCAAUAACAGUCUGCAUCAAUGCCCUAAAUCGGUACAAAUGCAGCAUUGUAAGACCGCCUUGCUGUACAGAACUUUGAGAGAGCAUGCGCUUCAUGUUACACUUAAUGUUACCUUUGAUAAUUAAAACUUUAUUAGCAGUACAGCUGGCCAAACAAUGUUGCUUGCAGAACAUGCAGAGUCAAUUUGAGGAUAUGCAGCUACCCAAAGUCAGUUUGUCAGUUUGCUGUGCACCCUGUAAUUGGAAUCAUGUGUGGGAGCUAACAAAUAAAACGAGAAUGUCUUGUUUUC